AUCACUAUCCUACACGUAGCGGAAAAACCUAGUAUUGCUCAGGCCAUUGCACAUGGAUUGGCAUCAGCGGAAGGAAAAUCAUCCAAUCCUAGUAUGCGAAGCAAGAGUCUCCCUGUGUACGAGCUGUCCAACGGCAUUUCCUUUCCCAAGGCUCCACACGCAAAACAUUUCCAACAUAAGAUCACAUCGGUGGCCGGGCACGUAUUUAACGUGGAUUUUCCCGAGAAAUAUCAAUCGUGGGAUUCAGUGGAUCCGGCCGAACUCUUUGAGGCGCCAAUUGUGCGAAAGCCUUGCAAAUCCUCCGUAGUUCGGCAUUUGGAGGAUGAAGCCCGUGGCGUGCAUUUCAUUGUGCUUUGGAUGGACUGCGACCGGGAAGGUGAAAACAUCAACUUUGAAGUACUCGACUGUUGUAUGCAUGUAAUGAAGAGCGGUGGUAGCUCAAACUUUGAUCGCGUUUAUCGUGCUUACUUUUCCGCAAUUAAUCCGUCCGAUAUUCAAAAAGCCUACAACUCUUUGGGCAAGCCAGACAAGAACCAGGCCCUUUCCGUUGAUGCCCGACAGGAAUUGGAUUUGAAAGUAGGCAUUGCUUUCUCGCGCUACCAAACUCGAUACUUUCAAGGUCGCUAUGGUGAUCUCAACAGUGCAGUGCUUUCCUACGGCCCUUGCCAGACCCCGACGCUCGGCUUUUGUGUGCAACGCUACAUUGACAUUCAAACGUUCAAACCGGAACCGUACUGGGUGUUGGAACUGGCCGUCAUGAAGCGAGGGCGAUCGUUGCGAGCUCUCUGGGGCUCGGGGCGUUCUUUCAACAAGAACAAGGUCGAAAAGUUGUUACUUGAGGCCUUGGAAAGUGGACCUUUUGCCAAAGUUACGAGCGUCGUUGCCAAAGAUAAGAAACAGGGACGACCAAUUCCUUUGAAUACAGUGGCGCUUCUCAAAGCUUGCAGUAAAGCACUAGGAAUUGGUCCUCACGCCACGUUGCAAACUGCAGAACGACUUUAUCUGAGUGGCUAUCUUUCGUACCCUAGAACCGAGUCUUCGGCCUAUCCGAAAUCUUUCGAUAUUUAUGGCACUCUUCAGCAACAGUCAUCAGACGUUCGAUGGGGGAGCUAUGUGAGAGAAUUACUUCGAGAAGGUCCAAACAAGUCGCGGGGAGGCAUUGAUAUGGGAGACCAUCCUCCAAUCACCCCAUGCCGUGCUACUCGUGCUGGUGAACUAAGCGGGGACAUGGCGCGGGUUUACGAUUUAGUUGUGCGUCAUUUCAUUGCUUCUGUCAGCCAAGAUGCAGUGUGGCGUUCAACGCAGAUCGAUUUUGCCAUCGAAGCUCUGGGAGAGAAAGGUGUAUUUACUCUUCGAGGCAAAGAGCCUGUUUCACCGGGCUUCCUUGCCGUCCUGUUGCAUACAGAAUAUGGCGAAGAGAAUAUUGAAGUUUCCGUUGUUCCAGGUACCACAGUUCGUGCUAACCUCGGCAUUAAAGAGAAGAUGACAACGCCACCCACUUACCUUACCGAAUCCGAGUUGAUUUCGUUGAUGGAAAAGAACGGAAUUGGUACGGAUGCCAGUAUUUCGACACACAUAGAAAAUGUUCAAAAGCGCAAUUAUGUCGCUUUAGAAUCAGGCCGUCGUUUGGUACCAUCGAAGCUCGGUAUUGUUUUGGCGCAAGGCUACCAUCAGAUAGACAGCUCGCUUGUACUUCCUCGCGUUCGUUCUGACAUAGAAGACGAGUGCAACAAGAUUGCCAAAGGGCUAUUGAGCAAGGAUAUUGUUGUCCAAAAGGCUAUCGAUUUGUUCAGAAACAAGUUUGAUUCGUUUGUGAAUAACAUCUCCAAAAUGGAUGUCUUGUUCAGCACGUCAUUUUCCAAACUUGAAGAUGUUGGGAAACCGUUUACCAGAUGUGGCCUAACUCGUCGCUACUUGCAAUUUAUCGAAGGGCCACCACCUCGCUUGUACAACAAAUGGACAGAAACCGUAUAUCCUUUACCUUCAGGAGGUAUUGUCAAACAGUGGACAGGACGAGUCUGCUCGGUUGAAAACUGCAAUUUUGAGCUGUGCCUUUUUUCAGUUGGUAACCCACAGCGCACUUUUCCUCUGUGUCCACGCUGCUUCAACGAUUCCAAAUGGUCUUUAGAUGCUGAUGAGCUCCCUCAAGAUCCUACGGACACGGAAGACGAACAGAAAGAAAAACAGAUUACUUCCAUUGCUGGAAAACGCCUUGUUUUGGAAUGCCCAUUACCGGAUGAACACCCUUCGAUUGAGGAGUUGACUGUUAGUACAGAUCCUGAAAGCGAUGGUGUUUUAAUUCUUGACCCCCACAUGGGCCCGAAGUGGCGACUCGUGUCUACUAGAGACCCGAUCAUCGUUUAUAUGCCCAAAGGUAUCGAGAAGAUCACCGUUCUUAACAAAAAAGACGAAGCAUUGGGAGUCCACCUUAUGCAGGUCGACUUCAAAGCGGGCGAUUCCCCUUUUCCUGACGGUGAAUUAAAAUACACUAGCUGUUUUCCCGAAGACGAGGUUUUGAAAGCGAGAGUUAGAAUUUAUCACGGCUCGGACCGACUGACAGCAUCAGGACGAGGUGGGCGAGGCCGCGGCGGAAGGGGCGGGCGC